AUGGCAGACGAAUGGUGGAAGGACGGCGGGGCGCAGGACGCCAUGGACGACCUCUUUGCCGACACCGCCGCGCCCUUUGCCGACGCCACGGCCACCGACGCCAAGGCUCCCACCACCACCGCCACCACCGCCACCAGCACCACCAGCACCACCCCCUCCACCCCCUCCACCCCCACCCCUUCCACUGCCUUUGUCAAGAACACCCAGGUCCACGCCCUCUACACCUACACUGCCAAGGCCGACGACGAACUCUCCGUCCAGAAGGGCGACCUGCUCGUCGUCCUCGACACGCCGUCUCCUGGUUGGCUCGCCAUCCGUUCGCUCCUCACAGGAGAGUCGGGCCUUCUCCCGGACAACUACGUGGCCGCAACCACCGCUCACUCGCGAUCCAAGGUCAAGGUGCCAGAGACGGCCAAGGCGCCGCACACAGCCAAGGCCAAGGCCGACGCAACCGAAGCUAGGACUCGCUCCAUUCCGCCACGCAAGAAGCGGACCAUCUCGUUUGAUCCGGCGGUGGUGCCGGCGAGCUCGGUUGCUGCUCCUGACAGAGAUGGCGGGGCUGGGAGUGACGGCCAAGGCGACGGCGAGCUGGUUGACGACGAUCUGGUCUCGACCUCACCGCUCGGCGACCUUGAUCUGGAAGCCUUUGUCAACACCAUUGCCAACGCCCUCAACAAGCCGGUGGAAAAGGCGGCCAAGUGGCUGGCGACGCUGCGGAGCAACGACUACGAUGAGGUGCAGGAUCUGGUAUACGCGCUUCAGCGUGGCUACUCACCCAGCGACCUCGGGAUCUCGCGGCUGGUUGUCGACGCCAUGCGCGAGUGGUUCGCCGACAACCUCGGCGAGAUCUUUGCCGCCGCCCCGGGCGCCGACUCGAUGGGCUCGGCCUCGGCCCGCGCCGCCACCGUCGCCGCCUUUCGUCGCCCACCCACCGCCAGGGUCGACUCGGAAGUCGCCGCCAAGGAGCGCCUCGGUUUCCCCUGCCGCCUCUGCGACUGCUCGGCUUACUUUGGCUCCAAGGUUGUGGCCCUCUGCCUGCGAUGCAAGCACGAUCCCGACGCCCACGCCGCACCGCCGUCGGCAGCCGGCCUCAACCUUGAUGACAAGCCGCCGGCGCUCUUUCCUGGCGCCGCUCCCGACCGCGACGCCUACCACUUUGACCUCCUCGGCGACGACUACGACCGCCCGUCCAAGGCCAACCUCAUGACGCUCCUGCCUGACGCUCAGCCCGACACCACAUCGCCCUGGGGCGAGGAGCUUGACUCGGACGAGGACUUUGACGAGUUUGACAAGCUGUUUGGCAACGCCCAGCUCCGGCCGGGCGCCCUCGCCGUCAAGGCCAACGAGCCUGCUCUCGCCGCAAAGUCGGCACCGACAGCCCUUGCCGGCCUGCCCGAGGCCAUGCGCAAGCCGGCGCUCGCCACCCGCAUGGGCGUAGUCGUCUGGCUUGCCACCGAGUUCCGCACGCCCGAGGAGCGCCUCAUGGCCUACUGGCGCGCCCAGGGCCACACCGUCCACGCACAGCGCAAGGCCCACGCCGCCAUGGCCAUUGUCCGUGCCUCAGGCCUCUCGUCCGUUGCUGUCAUCAUCGCCCGCCAGACCCGCGACGAGGGCCUCGCUCUCCUCCGCGACAUCCGCUCCGACCGCAACUACGACGACGUCCGCAUCGUUGUCCACAUGCGCGGCCUUGGCGACAACCCAGAGGCGCUCGCAAAGUACACGGCCGCAGGCGUCAACGCCCUCGCCGACUCGUACGACGACGUCGACGCCCAGAUCCAGGUCUUCGGCUCGGGCGGCUCUGCCCUCGACACCCCUGCCCGCGGCCCCGCGCCCAAGCCGGCUACCGACGACGCGCCCGCCGACGCGCCGCCGGCAGACCCAGACGCGCCGCCGCGUCCUACCACAGCGUCGACCGUCCUGGUUGUCGGCCACGCCGCAGGCCCCGAGUGGCGGUCCAUGCUCCACGACUGGACGCCUGCCGCCAUUGUCGGCGCGCCCACCCUCUCGCACUCGCGCGUCCGGCUCACCCUCCAGACCUGCUCCGACGUCUGCCUCGUCCUCUCCCACCCGGACGUCGACGAGGCUCUCGACAUGGCCCACAAGGUGGUCCGCUACACCUCCAAGGCCAACUCGCUCUCGCGGUUCUUCCUCAUCGCCCUCACCGCCCACUCGCACCGCGGCCACGUCGACGCCUUUGUCGCCGCAAACUGCGCCCUCGUCAACUCGCUACCGGCGCUCUCGGCUUGCGUCUCGGCCUUUCUUACUCCGUGCGCCUGGCGCGACUGCCCGCAGCCUCGCAUGGCUCUCAACGGCGUGCUCUACGACUACUGCUCCCGCGAGCACUACGACGCUGCGCAGGACGCCGCCUCGUCCUCCGAUUCGGACAACGAGACAGCGGCCUCCAAGCCGUCAGGCGUUUCAGACAAGCCUACCGGUGCCCGUGGCUGGUCCGCGCCUUCGGCCUCACGCUGGGCAGCAAAGGGCUCAAAGUGGGGCCGCCCGCCGCCGUCCAAGGGCGGGCUCACCGACUCGCCCGCCGCGACCGCUGCCGCAGGUGGCUCGGCCAAGGCCAAGGGUAAGGGUAAGGGCAAGGCCAAGGCCAAGGGCAAGGGCAAAUCCAAGGCCAAGAGCAAGACCAAGGGCAAGACCAAGGGAAACGCGCCGCCUGGCGGCUUUCUCACCCUCGAGCAGCUCAAGAACGGUCCGCUUCCCGAUGGCAUGGACCACACUGCCAAGGAGGUCUACCUCUCGGACGAGGACUUUGAGGCUGCGCUCGGCUGCUCGCGCGAGGAGUUUGCCGCCAUGCCAGCGUGGCGGCGCGAGCUGGCCAAGCGCAAGAUCGGCCUGUUCUGA